GGGGAUGGAUGUCACGUUGCGCCGAGGCCGGGCAGAAGACGGGCUGGCGGAGCCGCGAUUAGGAUACUGCUCCUCGCCACUGCCGCUGCCUUCCUCGCACUCGCCGUCUCUCCUGUGUCUGGCACGACAAACAAGAAAGAGGAAGAGACGGCGGUGGCUACUGUUGGCGUCACAGAGGAGAGCACUAGUGUCCUGGGCACGAGAUCCAGGACAGGAAGCGAUCCUGGUGGAGGUAUAGAUUUGUUGGCAGCGUUACAGUUGCACAACACAACACGACUGGGUGUUACACAGGUGCCAGGACUGGUUAGAUUAAAACCAGCCUAUUAUCUUCAGGGCGAGGAGAGGGAGCUCCGACUGAACGAGGCGAGCUUCGAACGAGCGGCCACGCUACUCCGGCGGGUUCCGGAAUUCACUAUAGCCGCCGCUCUACGACAAGAGGAGGCCAAUUCCGGGACAAUCGUCGCCUUUUCACAUGGGAACAAUAGAUAUUUGGAGCUGCAGAGCAGCGGCCGUAAAGACGAACUUCGACUGCAUUAUGUAUCACGCCGGGACGGUAGUGUCCACGUGGAGGCGUUCCCUUUUCGUCUGGCCGAUGGCGCUUGGCACAGGGUCGCCCUGAGUGUAAGCGGCUCGCAGGUCGAGCUGCUCGUCGACUGUCAUCCUUUAUACAGGCGGUUACUUAGGCCUGGGCCACCUGACACCAAUUUCACUUUGCCACAAUUACAACUCUGGGUUGGCCAGAGAAAUGUCAGGCACUUUCUCUUUAAGGGUGCUUUGCAGGAUGUGAAGCUGAUACCAGGCCCCCAUGGCUACCUUUCCCAAUGUCCCCAACUUGAUUCGUCUUGUCCCACUUGCGGUCAAUUUUCUAUAUUACAAAACACAGUGGAACAGCUGAUGCAUAAUCUCAACGAGCUCACGCGUAGGCUAGCCGCUGCAGAGGGCAGGAUAAGCAAAGUGGAGGAGUGCGAGUGCCAAAAGUCGUGCAGGGCAAAUGGCACCGUUCACGAGGAUGGUGCGACCUGGGAAAAGGGUUGCCAACAGUGUUCCUGCGUUCAUGGGGAGAUUGAGUGCAGACCGACACCCUGUGCGCCUGUAACCUGCAAGAAUCCUGUCAUUCCUCAAGGACAAUGUUGUCCUAUAUGUUUAAAGCAAUGUUAUUUGCACGGAGUAAUUUACGAUCACGGUGAGAAAGUUUCGCCGAAACAGUGCGUAGAAUGCGACUGUUUCGAUGGCAGCUUCACUUGCCAGAGAUUCGACACUGAAACAAGAUGUCCGCCAUUGCCCUGUCCACCGAGCGAGCAGAUCAGCGUAGCCGAAGAAUGCUGCAAGUUCUGUCCGGGGGUGGACUACUGUGCGAAGGGCCACAAGUGUCAUGCUAAUGCGUCCUGCCUGAAUCUGCAGACAACGUACGCCUGCCAUUGCGAUAUCGGUUUCCAGGGGGACGGUCAUAACUGUCACGACAUAGAUGAAUGCAAACAGCAAGGUGGCUCCGAGGGGCACCAUUGUAACGCGAACACUAAAUGUGUGAACGUGAAUGGCUCUUACACGUGCGAGUGUCUUCCGGGUUACCACAGAGUAGACAAAUUCAACUGCGCCGAGUUAGACGAGUGUGCGACUGGUCAUCAUGCGUGCGAUGAGCACGCCACCUGCGUGAACACAGCAGGAAGUUACUAUUGCAUCUGUGAAGAUGGCUACACUGGCGAUGGUUACACAUGCAAACCUGUUUGCAAUCAAACCUGUCAAAAUGGCGGUGAAUGCGUGGCGCCGGGAAGGUGUUCCUGUCGGCGUGGCUACAUAGGCAAUAGUUGUGAAUUAGAUUUGGACGAGUGUGCGAGUGAUUUGCAUCGGUGUCAUCAAUCAUCAACGUGUUUCAAUAUGCCCGGUUGGUAUUAUUGUCGUUGUAAACCGGGUUACAGAAGCGCCCUCCAUGAUAGUACUCAGGGUACACAAUGUCUCGAUAUCGAUGAGUGCAAUGACCAAACGAUCGAGAGGAGGCAUACCUGUCAUCCUAGCGCUAAGUGUGUCAAUACCGAGGGUGGUUAUGAAUGUAUUUGCCCGCUUCAAGAGGAAAACAGUACUAUGGAGGAAUGUAGACUGAGUUGCUGGUUCGAAAAUCAAGAAGUGAAAAACGGAGAAACUCUAGCACCAGCCGAAAAUCCCUGUAGGAGAUGCACUUGCAAAGAUGGUGUUGUUACAUGUAGGGACCCGAUUUGCGAUUGCAGCGCUCCGGGAAGUCAUCGGGAUAAGUGUUGUCCCCAAUGUGAUCCUGCGGCUUCCUGUAGGCAUCAAGAACUUCAUCAUCUAGUCUUCAGAAGUGGCGAACGAUGGAUAUAUCAAUGUCAGACUUGUGAAUGCCUGUACGGCGAGGUAGACUGCUGGCAAAUGGAAUGUCCACCAGUGACUUGCUCAAACCCUGUGACAGAGGAUGGGGAUUGUUGUCCUCGUUGUGAAGACGAUCCCUGCGCGAGAGAAACGUUUGGAAAUGACACCUCUCUCUCGAUAUUAACUAGGCCACAACCUUGCAGCUAUUCUGGAAUUAUUCACGAGAGUGGCAGCUCCUGGCAGGAUCCUCAUGACAAGUGCACCACGUGCGAGUGCAAGGUGCCGUACUGCGCCCAAUUGGACGGGCAGCUAUGCUGCAGCUACGAUUACGGCUGCGCUGGCGAUCUGGGCAGCAACAAGCAGCAGCAACGUCCUCCAGUCGUUGUUCCUGAGCCUGUCGUACGCAGUCUACAGAGUUCUACGCGGUCACCGAUGGUUGAUGGUGCAUCGGAAGCAGCUGUAUCAGCGGUUACCGCUUCCGCUAGUGCAACACCAGUCACCAGCGCUCACCUCCUGUCGGCAUCGUCUUCUUCCUCCUCAUCCAUUAACAACGCCGCCGCCGGUGGUGGGUCGACCAUCAGAAAAAUUCACUGGAACGUACAAAACAACCUGCCAAAACCAUCCCAGCAACAGAGGGACGGUCGUCACGUCAGAGUGCAAACACAGCAACAAACACAGCAAAUAUUACCGACAGCCAGGUACCAGCUGGUUUCUGGAGCAGCGACGACGUCGUCGUCGGCGCCUGAACGCGUUACAUCCGCGUCGACGUCGUCGACGACGACGAUUAAAGCUCCGAACACGAAAUACGAGGGCAAAUCGCAGACGUCCGUAUCGAGGCGUCAACGCGCCAAAGCGGUCAACAACAACAGUCUCGGGAACUUGCGUCAGCGCAGCAAUGCGUCCUUUGUAUCCUCCUCCUCUUCCUCCUCCACCUCGUCAUCGUUAUCGUCGUUCUCGUCACCUCUCGCAAUGCUGGUGCCAUCUGGAGCCGCAACAAACAUCGAGCCGCAAGCUGACAACGUCUCAACCAGUAACGGUACUAGCGAGAAUGUGGUCACCAGCCGGCAUCAACAGGAGGGCACCAUCGGCGUAGCGAUGGCGGAGAAUCCGUGGCGCGCAACAGUGGUGCCACCUGAGGCUGACGCUCGCGUGAACAGUUAGAAGAGAAAGAAAUAAACACUGGCAAGGCAUUCCAAGGGGUGUAGCACGGGAACUGGGCCGUGGCCCGAUAUAGGAGCGAGUUUGGAGAAGCGUUCUCUCUAUGGUCAUCUAUGAUCGUCUAAUCGAGGGUGUUGUCGAGGGAAGCGAGUGCACUGAACAAGAGGAACGCGACCACGGAGUGAAACAUUGAAAAGCACAACAAGGGGAAAUCCGUAUGGAUUUGAUUGUUCGACGAUCAUGGGCAACGAGCGUGAUAAACAUGCUAAGGAUGAACGUCCAGUUUCCUUGACGAGAUCGAUCCUCGUCCAACUUCCAGAAAUCGUUGCGUAUCUAGAUCGUCUAUCAAGAUACAUUUCUUAUUAUCUGUGGUCUGUGCUUGAGCCUGACUUGAGUCACGAUAGGACGUGGAAAAAGCUAUCGAUACUCGAGUUUGGAUAUAGAUUAGGUCAAGCUUGACGCUUCGAGGACACAGUGUUCAGCGAGGAGUAAUGAUUGACCGAGGAAAGUUAGGUGUGCCAAAAAUGUGAGCCAGCCAACACCGAGAACGAAGUUGAAGUUUCUGUUUGCGACGACAUACGCGGAUUCGAUAUGUUCCCUCUGAUUACUUUCUUUCUUUUUAAAUUUUUCUUUUUUCUUUUUUUUUUUUUUUUUUUCUUGUCCCGAAGAGAUCGAACAAUCGAACAGAGGACGGAUCCGUAAUUGUCGUUGAUCGUUGAUCGGACGAAAUGUCUUUCCUCGCGUUUUGAGCUGGGUCAAGCAUAACACAAGUGAGAGAGAAUCGAGAAACUGAGCCCGUGACGCGCGGUGUCCUUCGGAGCGUUCUCUGAUGAAAAGCAACACCGAUCACACGCUUUCGCGAUUCCUUUCUUUGGCAUAAUUUCCAUGUUGAACAGGUAGCGCACAAUAUUUGGGCCUUAUAAAAAUUAUAAACAGGAAAACGAAAAAAUAAAAAAAAAAGUAAAAGAGAAAGGGUGUCUUUCUUCGUCUUUUCGCCAACGGAAAGGCUAAUACCGUGUAAUUUGAAUCGUGUUCUCCGUUUUUAAGGCAAGACGAGAAUAU